GCAAAAUUACAAGGUCUUCUAGAAAACAUUGAUCUUGAUCAUUCUUUCACCAAGGCACGAAAGCGAUGGCGCAUGGCUUACACCGCCAUCAACUUCAUGCUAUCUCUUAAUUCCAAACUCGAAUCAUGCACCAUUAUUGCCCUUAACAAAUCCUCAAAAGCUCUUAGGAGAUGGCGUUUGGCCUACAACGCUAUCUAUUCUUCGCGAGCCCUCCUCUCUUUAGUUCGUGAGAUUAUUGUAGUCGAUGAUGAUUCGAGUGAUCCACUUCUCCAUUAUCAUAAACAAGAUCAUCACUCGCUCAAAAUCGAGGAAGAUGAAGAUGGAGAUUCAUUUGGAUUUUCUCAACUUGACAAGGGACUUCUUGCCGACCUAGUGAAAGAUAAGAACUCCAAAGACCUUAACAAGUUUGGUGGUGUUGCGGUUUUGGCUCGAGCUCUCAAGGUUGAUAGCGAGAAAGGAAUUCAUGAUAACGAUGAGGAUAUUGGCUCGAGGAAGGCUGCCUUUGGAUCGAAUAGCUACCACAAGCCGCCGCCAAAAGGAUUGUUUCAUUUCGUGAUCGAGGCGUUUAAGGAUCAUACCAUUCUCAUUCUUCUAGUUUGUGCCACGCUAUCUCUUGGUUUCGGAAUUAAAGAACAUGGCAUUGGUGAAGGUUGGUACGAGGGUGGGAGUAUAUUCGUGGCUGUUUUUCUUGUUGUCGUGGUUUCUUCUUUAAGUAACUUGAGACAGGAAAGACAGUUUUUCAAGUUAUCAAAAUUAAGCGAUAACAUUCAAGUCGAGGUCUUGAGAGAUGGAAGGCGACAGAAGAUAUCGAUAUUUGAUAUCGUUGUCGGGGAUAUCGUGUGUCUUAAUUUAGGUAAUCAAAUCCCCGCGGAUGGGUUGUUCAUCGAGGGACAUUCGUUGCAAGUUGAUGAAUCGAGCAUGACAGGGGAGAGCGAUCAUGUGGAGAUCGAUUGUGUUGAGGUUCCUUUCUUGAUUUCCGGUUCGAAAGUUGUCGACGGGUAUGGUAAGAUGAUCGUGACCUCGGUUGGGAUGAACACUGCGUGGGGAAAGAUGAUGAGUUCAAUCACGGGUCAAUCUACGAACGACGAAACACCUUUACAAGCUCGUCUCAACAAACUAACCGCAUUGAUCGGGAAGGUAGGUCUUUCCGUCGCUCUUCUAGUUCUUAUAGUCAUGUUUGUUCGUUAUUUCACGGGGAAUACCAAGGACAAGGAAGGAAACCAAGAGUUCUUAAGAGGAAAAACGAACACCGACCAAGUAUUCAACUCGGUCGUGCGCAUUGUCUCUGUUGCGGUUACAAUCGUGGUGGUGGCGAUACCGGAAGGCCUUCCUUUAGCUGUCACUCUUACUCUCGCGUAUUCAAUGAAGAGGAUGAUGGCGGAUCAAGCGAUGGUUAGGAAGCUCUCGGCUUGCGAAACCAUGGGAUCCGCCACGGUUAUAUGCACCGAUAAGACCGGUACCUUAACAAUGAAUCAAAUGACAAUAACCAAGUUUUGGCUUGGUGGAGAUGAACUUGAAUCAUGUUACAAUACCAUAUCCCCAUUAGUCCUUCAAUUACUCCACCAAGGAGUAGGUUUAAACACAACCGGAAAUGUCGACAAAUCAACCUCCGAUGUCGCUCCACAAAUCUCGGGUAGCCCAACCGAAAAGGCGAUUCUAUCAUGGGCCGUUCUCGAACUCCGCAUGGACAUGGAGUUACUUAAGAAAACAUGCAAAAUAGUUCACGUGGAGACCUUCAAUUCGACAAAGAAAAGAAGCGGCGUUUUAGUGACGGAUAACGUUAACUCUUUACACACUCAUUGGAAAGGCGCUGCCGAAAUGGUGUUAGGAAUGUGCACUACAUACUACGAUAGAACGGGACUCGUUAGAGCGAUCGAUAUCCAAACGAGAAACCAACUCGAGAGGACCAUAGAGGGGAUGGCCGCGAGCAGCCUCCGUUGCAUCGCUUUCGCUCAUAAGAAUACGCGGUGGGAUGAAACAAAGAGGUUGAUCGACGGAAAAGUUCAAUAUAGUCUCGAGGAAGAUGGAUUUACAUUGUUGGGGAUUGUUGGUAUGAAAGACCCGUGUAGGCCUAGGGCUAAAGAAGCGAUCGAAGCGUGUAGAUUGGCCGGGGUGGAGAUUAAGAUGAUAACAGGGGACAAUGUUUUCACGGCAAAAGCAAUAGCGACGGAAUGCGGUAUACUUAGACCUAAUCAACAAGUGGAAGAUGGAGAAGUUAUAGAAGGGUCCGUGUUUAGGAAUUACACAAACGAAGAAAGAAUGGAAAAGGUUGAUAAGAUUCGGGUGAUGGCUAGAUCGACUCCCAUGGACAAACUUCUAAUGGUUAGAUGCUUAAGACUUAAGCAACAUGUGGUGGCCGUCACGGGUGAUGGUACAAACGAUGCACCGGCUCUAAAGGAGGCCGAUAUUGGACUCUCAAUGGGCAUCCAAGGAACCGAAGUCGCAAAAGAAAGCUCGGACAUUGUCAUACUAGACGACGACUUCGGCUCGGUUGCCACGGUUUUGAGAUGGGGAAGAUGUGUUUACAACAAUAUCCAAAAGUUCAUUCAAUUUCAACUCACGGUUAACGUCGCAGCCCUAGUUAUCAACUUCAUCGCGGCAGUUUCCUCCGGAGAAGUCCCUUUAACCACGGUUCAAUUAUUGUGGGUAAACCUAAUCAUGGACACUUUAGGCGCACUCGCAUUGGCCACGGAUAGACCGACGAACGACCUAAUGAAACACGCACCGGUUGGGAGAAUAGAGCCUUUGAUCACAAACGUCAUGUGGAGGAAUCUCUUAUCACAAGCGUUUUACCAAAUAGCGGUACUAUUGACGUUACAAUUCCGAGGACAAUCAAUCUUUGGCGUAAACGCGGCCGUGAAAGACACUUUGAUAUUCAACACGUUCGUGUUGUGCCAAGUCUUCAAUGAAUUCAACUCGAGAAAACUAGAGAAGCAAAACGUGUUUGCUGGCCUUCAUAAGAACCGAUUGUUCAUGGGUGUCGUGGGAAUCACUAUAGUUCUUCAAGUUGUGAUGGUCGAAUUUCUUAAAAAGUUUGCCGAUACUACUAGCCUUAACUGGUGGCAGUGGCUCGUAUGCGUUGGAAUCGCGGCUGUGUCAUGGCCGAUUAGUUGGUUAGUGAAACUCAUUCCCGUUCCAAGCAAACCAAUUUUUACAAAGAAAAACAACUAAUUAUAUUCGAUUGAGAAUCGUAUUGAUAAUCACUAUUAAAGUACUACAAAAAAAUUUUGUGAAAAAGGAGGCCAAGAUUGAGAUUUUGAUGAAAAAGGGAUGUGAAUUAUAGGUUGAUUAAAAAAAAAUUGUGAAAAAGGAGGCCAAGAUUGGGAUUUUGA